AUGUACGUGCGAUUGUGCGAGCGGGACGGGGACGACGGACGAGCGCGAGCGAUGGAUGAGAUGUUGGCGGCGUUGGAGGCGAGCGCGGGCGAAGACGCGGCGGCGAUUCAGAGGUUGGCGUUCGCGCUCGAGGGAAGCGGUGGUGGUGGGAACGAGCGCGCGAGCGGGGCGGGGGGGCUCGAGAGGAUCGAUGUCGUCGCGAGCGCGGGGCGGGAUUGGAGCGCGGUGCCGGAUGUCGGUCGGUUGCGAAUCGCCGCGGCGACGACGCGAGAGUUCGCGAUGGAGGACGACGGCGCGGAGGCGGCGAGACGCGUGCCGGGAUUGCGGCACGGUGCGGUGUUCGGACUCGACCGGGCGGUCGUGGACGAGGGCGACGGCGACGACGACGACGACGACGGCGACGACGAUGACCGUGUUGUGAGUGGUGAAAUAGAUAGCGCGAAAGAUGACGACGCCGGCGGACGCGACGCCGGCGUCGCGGACAAGGCGCUCGCGUUAGACAGAGGGUCAGGCGACUCUGCGUCGCUUUGGCUCGCCGCCGCGGCGGAUAUCGAGACUACGACGUUGCGUUCGUGUUGGGAUACGCGAAACGCCGGUGCGCGUGCGACUUCGAGUGCGCUCGACGCGGAAACGUUUGAUCUUGCGUAUCGACGCGCGUUUCGGCCGGUGAAGGGGAUUGAUACCGAGCCCGUCAUCGCGAGCGAGCGUGAUUGCGCGCACGUCGUCGCAAUGGCGCUCAGUGGGUGUCAAACGAGCGCAGACAUACUCGUCGCGGCGGCAGCAAGCACAGGUAGUGGUGUACGCAUGCGUUUCGCGUCGAGCUCGACGCUGGCGUUUAGGAACGCUUUGAAAACUAUGGCGUCGGCGGCGGAGCGCCGAUGCGAGCUCGACUACGCCGUCAGCCGCAUGACGACGCCAUACAUGCGACCGAUGGCGAGCGCGAUACGCGAUAUUCUUCGCGCCCACGCCGCAGCGUUGCAAGCCAUGCCAGAGGCGACGGCGGAACGGCGUCUCGCCGAGCGCGAUACUGUUGACGACCUGACCGAAACGCAAUCGGACGUAGGCGACGUCACGUUACUCGAGGUCACCGUGCACACGAAACGUUUGCGUCGUCAAGUGGAUAUUAUUUUCAACCUCAUCACCGACGAGCGGUCGUUAGAUACUUCUUUGGUGCCGCAUCCGGUGUUGAUCCGUCGUCUGGAGACGUCGCUGUCGCACGUGGAGGAUGAAGAAACACCGAUGAUUCAGUACUUGUAUGCGCGAGCGGCAAAACCUAUCAUCGACGACACCUUGUCUUGGAUAUACGCUGCGGCGCCGCCGUUUUCGAAGUCAGAGUUUUUCAUAGAGUGCUCGCCAACGUGGUCAAAUCUUUCUACAUUUCAUGAAAGUCCCGUGCGAGGAGGCGCGCCGCCGUGCUGGCUCGGCGGCCGCGCGCACGAUGGCGAAGACGAAUUCGCGGAGACCGAUACGCUCACCAUCGCGCGUGUUCGGUCGAGUGUGAACCCCGCUCUGGCGGUCGAUCGAGCGAAAGAAGUCCUCCGCAUUGGUUUGCAGCUUCGCAUUUUACAGCGAUUGCCGCACACGCGCGGGUUUGCACGCGCUGUGAAAGAUGCAUUCGUCAAAAUUUCGGCGUUUCAAGCGCACACAGAGCGCGAUGCCAGGCAGUGGCUCAAUCGAGUGCGCUUGCUCGAAUCGCGCGUCGUCGCGCUGGCUCGAGAAAGCACGAACAGCAUGCACGAGAUGCGCGCCGCACGAGCGCGAGAGUUGGACUCGGCGAGAGCAGCAUUCGUCGCCAAGACGCGCGCCGAAAUACUGGCGCGCGAAAAAACGCGACUAAGACGUCUUGAGGAGAUCGACGAAUCGAAGCGAGUGGAGCGUAAAGGGCAGCUCGAAGAGUUGGACGAACGUGAAAAGCAACGUCGCGACGCGCGCGCGCAAAAGAUUGCCGACGAGCGCGCAUGGCUUGAAGAUCGAGAGGAAAAGCAGCGCGCCUUUGAGCAACAAAAAGUGGAAAAGAAGAUGGAAGAAACGCGCUUACGCCUUGAACAAGAGGAUGCGAAAUUAGCGUGGUUUCGAUGGCACGAAAGCCGUCUGGUGCUUAAUGAUAAGCGAAGAGCCUUCGUGCGCGCAAUGGAAUCAGUGCAAGAAGAAGAAGCAGUGACCGCGCUCGCAAACGCGAUGAGCUUAGGUUUCGCGACGUCGCCAUCACCGUCGAACGACCUCUUCAUCGAGCCCUUCGAGAGUGUCACGCCAACAGUGAUGAUUGAAGAAGCCGAAGAGGUGAAUGUUAUCGAAGAAGACGACAUCGCAUCAGACGAUUUUGCCGACGCUUCCGAAAUGUUCAUCGACGAAUCCGCGACGUCGUCGCCGUCGACAGUCUUAUCCUUACAUUCCGCAGAUGACGAUGAGCGCAGCGUGGAUAUAAAAGAGAAAGACAUCGUGGAAACUGUUUCGGCGCCGGACAACAUGGACGAGAUGCGUGACGGCGCAAAAGAUCUUGAAACGCACGACCACACAUCUCGAGCGUAUUUGGGUGAAGCUUUCGGCACGCCUUUGCCACUUUUGUUGGAACAAGAAAUGCGCGAAAUCAUCACACGCCAAUCCGAUGUUUUGGGACGGUACACCACGACAGUGCUUAUGGAUCAUCUCGCGCUCGAACUUCAUCUUGACGCCAUCGUUCGGUUCACCAUGGGAGGUGAACUCGGCUUCGCGGACGCGCUGCUGAACAAUCUACAAUCAAAAUGCGUCGCCGCACGAGAACGAAUGACACAAGGCUCCGCGCGUGUCAUGCAAACUGUAUUGGAGGGCGCCAUCGACGAUACAGGUUUGCGAGAUGACCACAUGAGUAAGCGUUUACGUUUAUGCGAGAAUGCCGAUGCGCUGGUGUCUGUUGACCCGUACAAUUUGAAUUUAUCCGCCGCCGUCGAGUGUUCGUACGCUGCUCCCUGGCCCUUGAACCUUAUUUUUGCGGAUGCGGGAGACGACCACCCGCUCGCGCACACGAAAAUUGCGCUAUUGCAAAUACGGCACGCGGCGAGUGCUGUCAAAGAUGUUUCGGCGUUGGUACACGCGAGCUCAAGAACGCGAGCUUUACUGGAUUCGACGCAAACAAAUUUGGAUUUGCGUGCGAGGCGAUUGCGCAAACUAUCCUUGCUCGCGUCAUCUUUUCAGCAUUUCGUCGAUGCUCUUCACGGGCAUGUGUUCGAAGCCGUACACGUCGGCGCGCGAGGACGCUUGUUUGCAAGUCUUCGCGACGACGGCGGGAACAUCCUCCCACGCAACAUCGACGCCCUUCGCGACGUGUUUGAUGAAUUCUGCGCUCGCACGUACGCUGCGUGUUUCUUGCGCCCCAUCGACACGGCGCUCAAGGCCCUGGUGGACGAUGGUUUACAGCUCGCCCUAGAGUUGAAGUCUCUUCUCGCGUCGAGCGACGCCGAAUCGUUACUCGAAGAUGGUCUCGCGUGCGCCGCAGCGCAGCAAAUCCACUCGAAAUUUCACGCGUUGAUGACGCAACUGUGCUUCCGCGCGCGCAUCACUUCCUCCGACACCGCGGUUGGCUUCAUCCAACGCGUCGAUUUCAACGAAUUCUAUCUCGGCGCGACCAUCGACAUGGAAUUUUAA